AUGUCUACGGACGCCGAGAUGGCGAUCUUCGGGGAGGCGGCUCCUUACCUCCGAAAAUCGGAGAAGGAGAGAAUUGAGGCCCAGAACAAACCCUUUGAUGCAAAGACAUCUGUCUUUGUGGUACAUGCAAAGGAGUCCUAUGUGAAAGGGAAAAUUGAGAGUAAGGAUGCAGGGAAGGUCACUGUCAAGACUGAAGGUGGAGAGACCCUGACGGUGAAAGAAGAUCAAAUCUUCUCCAUGAACCCCCCCAAGUAUGACAAAAUCGAGGACAUGGCCAUGAUGACCCACCUCCACGAACCCGCUGUGCUGUACAACCUCAAAGAGCGUUACGCAGCCUGGAUGAUCUACACCUACUCGGGUCUCUUCUGCGUCACUGUCAACCCCUACAAGUGGCUGCCGGUGUACAACCCCGAGGUGGUGUUGGCCUACCGAGGCAAGAAGCGCCAGGAGGCCCCUCCACACAUCUUCUCCAUCUCUGACAACGCCUAUCAGUUCAUGCUGACUGAUCGGGAGAACCAGUCCAUCCUGAUCACCGGAGAAUCCGGGGCCGGGAAGACUGUGAACACAAAGCGUGUCAUCCAGUACUUUGCAACAAUUGCACCCGUGAGGAAUGACAACUCCUCACGCUUUGGCAAAUUCAUCAGAAUCCACUUUGGGGCCACAGGCAAACUGGCUUCUGCUGACAUUGAAACUUAUCUGCUGGAGAAGUCCAGAGUCACUUUCCAGCUCAAGGCGGAAAGGAGCUACCACAUCUUUUAUCAGAUCAUGUCCAACAAGAAGCCAGAGCUAAUCGACAUGCUCCUCAUUACCACCAACCCUUAUGAUUUCCACUAUGUGAGUCAAGGCGAGGUCACAGUCCCCAGCAUUGACGACCAGGAAGAGCUCAUGGCCACAGAUAGUGCCAUUGACAUCCUGGGCUUCACUGCAGAUGAGAAAACAGCCAUCUACAAGUUGACAGGGGCUGUCAUGCACUACGGGAACCUGAAGUUCAAGCAGAAACAACGAGAGGAGCAGGCAGAGCCUGAUGGCACAGAAGUGGCUGACAAGGCUGCCUACCUAACGGGCUUAAACUCAGCUGAAUUUCUCAAGGCCUUGUGUUACCCCCGAGUCAAGGUUGGGAAUGAAUACGUGACCAAAGGUCAAAACGUGACACAGGUGAACAAUGCUGUGGGUGCCCUGGCAAAGGCAAUGUUUGAGAAGAUGUUCCUGUGGAUGCUUGUCACUUCUUGUGAUUUCUCCCAGCCCAUGGGCAUCUUCUCCAUCCUGGAAGAGGAGUGCAUGUUCCCCAAGGCAACUGACACCUCUUUCAAGAACAAGCUCUAUGACCAGCACCUGGGCAAGUCCAACAACUUCCAGAAGCCCAAGCCUGCCAAAGGCAAGGCUGAGGCUCACUUCUCCCUGGUGCACUACGCUGGCACAGUGGACUAUAACAUCACUGGCUGGCUGGAGAAGAACAAGGACCCUCUGAAUGAAACUGUCAUUGGGCUGUACCAGAAAUCGUCUGUGAAGACCCUGGCGUUGCUCUUUGCCAACUAUGGUGGAGCAGAUGCUGAGGCUAGUGGUGGUGGCGGCAAGAAAGGAGGCAAGAAGAAGGGUUCUUCCUUCCAGACUGUCUCAGCUCUCUUCAGGGAGAAUUUAAACAAGCUGAUGACUAACUUGAGAAGCACUCACCCUCACUUUGUACGGUGCAUCAUCCCAAAUGAAACUAAGACACCUGGUGCCAUGGAGCACGAGCUGGUGCUGCACCAGCUGCGCUGUAACGGCGUGCUGGAAGGGAUCAGGAUUUGCAGGAAAGGCUUCCCCAGCAGAGUCCUGUAUGCUGACUUCAAACAGAGAUACAGGGUACUUAAUGCCAGUGCUAUCCCAGAGGGACAGUUCAUGGACAACAAGAAAGCUUCAGAGAAGCUUCUUGGGUCCAUUGAUGUUGACCACACCCAGUACAGAUUUGGUCACACCAAGGUGUUCUUCAAAGCUGGACUGAUUGGUGUGCUAGAGGAGAUGCGAGAUGAGAAACUGGCAGAGAUUAUGACCAUGAUACAAGCCAGGUGCAGGGGCUUCCUAAUGAGAGUGGAGUACCAGAGAAUGGUGGAGCGGAGGGAGUCCAUCUUCUGUAUCCAGUACAAUGUUCGUGCAUUCAUGAAUGUCAAACACUGGCCAUGGAUGAAGCUGUUCUUCAAGAUCAAGCCCUUGCUGAAGAGUGCUGAGUCUGAGAAGGAAAUGGCCAACAUGAAACAAGAGUUUGAGAAAACCAAGGAGGAGCUUGCAAAGUCAGAAGCAAAGAGGAAGGAGCUGGAGGAGAAAAUGGUGGCCCUGGUGCAGGAGAAAAAUGACCUGCAGCUCCAAGUGCAGGCUGAAGCAGAUAGCUUGGCUGAUGCUGAGGAAAGAUGUGACCAGCUCAUCAAAACCAAAAUCCAACUCGAAGCCAAAAUUAAGGAAGCGACUGAAAGGGCUGAAGAAGAAGAGGAAAUUAAUGCUGAGCUGACAGCAAAGAAGAGAAAACUGGAGGAUGAAUGUUCAGAGCUGAAGAAAGACAUUGAUGACCUUGAGCUAACACUGGCCAAGGUGGAGAAGGAAAAACAUGCCACUGAAAACAAGGUGAAAAACCUGACUGAGGAGAUGGCAGCUCUGGAUGAGACCAUCGCCAAGCUGACAAAAGAGAAGAAAGCCCUCCAAGAGGCCCAUCAGCAGACCCUGGAUGACCUGCAGGCAGAGGAGGACAAAGUCAAUACUCUGACCAAAGCCAAGACCAAGCUGGAACAGCAAGUGGAUGAUCUGGAAGGGUCCCUGGAGCAAGAGAAGAAACUGCGCAUGGACCUGGAGAGAGCUAAGAGGAAACUGGAAGGAGACCUGAAGCUGGCCCAGGACAGCAUCAUGGAUUUGGAGAAUGAUAAGCAGCAGCUGGAUGAGAAACUGAAGAAGAAAGACUUUGAAAUCAGCCAGAUCCAGAGCAAGAUUGAGGAUGAACAAGCUCUGGGCAUGCAAUUUCAGAAGAAGAUCAAGGAGCUGCAGGCAAGUGUCUGUUCCUUCCCCUGCCUUGCUCAGCCCCGUGACCUGGAAGAGGCCACGCUGCAGCACGAAGCCACGGCUUCCGCCCUGCGCAAGAAGCACGCGGACAGCACAGCUGAGCUGGGGGAGCAGAUCGACAACCUGCAACGCGUGAAGCAGAAGCUGGAGAAGGAGAAGAGUGAGCUGAAGAUGGAGAUUGAUGACUUGGCCAGCAACAUGGAGUCUGUCUCCAAAGCCAAGGCCAACCUGGAGAAGAUGUGCCGCACCCUGGAAGAUCAGCUGAGUGAGCUUAAAACGAAGGAGGAGCAGAAUCAGCGCAUGAUCAACGACCUCAAUACGCAAAGAGCUCGUCUGCAGACAGAGUCUGGUGAAUAUUCCCGCCAGGUGGAGGAGAAGGAUGCUCUGAUUUCUCAGCUGUCUAGGGGCAAGCAAGGAUUUACCCAACAGAUUGAGGAACUCAAGAGACAUCUAGAGGAAGAAAUCAAGGCCAAGAACGCCCUGGCCCACGCCCUGCAGUCCGCUCGCCACGACUGUGACUUGCUCCGGGAACAAUAUGAGGAGGAGCAGGAGGCCAAGGGGGAGCUGCAGAGAGCCCUGUCCAAGGCCAACAGUGAAGUGGCCCAGUGGAGAACCAAAUACGAGACGGACGCGAUUCAGCGCACGGAGGAGCUCGAGGAGGCCAAGAAGAAGCUGGCCCAACGUCUGCAGGAUACAGAGGAGGGGGCCUCCCUGGAGCAUGAAGAGGGGAAGAUCCUGCGCCUGCAGCUUGAGCUCAACCAAGUGAAGUCUGAGAUUGACAGGAAGAUAGCAGAGAAGGAUGAAGAGAUUGACCAGAUGAAGAGAAACCACCUCCGAGUUGUGGACUCCAUGCAGAGCACCCUGGAUGCUGAGAUCAGGAGCAGGAAUGAAGCCCUGAGGCUGAAGAAGAAGAUGGAGGGAGACCUGAAUGAAAUGGAGAUCCAGCUGAGCCAUGCCAACCGCCAGGCUGCAGAGGCACAGAAGAACCUGAGAAACACCCAGGCAGUGCUCAAGGACACUCAGCUGCACUUGGAUGAUGCUCUCAGGACACAGGAUGACCUGAAGGAGCAGGUGGCCAUGGUGGAGCGCAGAGCAAACCUGCUGCAGGCUGAAGUUGAGGAGCUCCGGGCAGCCCUGGAGCAGACAGAGCGGUCAAGGAAACUGGCUGAGCAGGAGCUUCUGGAUGCCACUGAACGUGCACAGCUCCUCCACACCCAGAACACCAGCUUGAUCAACACCAAGAAGAAGCUGGAAACGGACAUUUCCCAGAUCCAGAGUGAAAUGGAGGAUACCAUCCAGGAAGCCCGCAAUGCUGAGGAGAAGGCCAAGAAGGCCAUCACAGAUGCGGCCAUGAUGGCAGAAGAGCUGAAGAAGGAGCAGGACACCAGUGCCCACCUGGAGAGGAUGAAGAAGAACCUGGACCAGACAGUGAAGGACCUGCAGCACCGUCUGGAAGAGGCUGAGCAGCUGGCACUGAAGGGAGGGAAGAAACAACUUCAGAAGCUGGAGGCCAGGGUGCGGGAGCUGGAAGGGGAGGUUGAUGCUGAGCAGAAGCGCAGCGCUGAAGCCGUGAAGGGUGUGCGCAAGUACGAGCGGAGGGUGAAGGAACUGACCUACCAGUCUGAGGAAGACAGGAAGAAUGUCCUCAGGCUGCAGGAUCUGGUGGACAAGCUGCAAAUGAAAGUGAAAUCCUACAAGAGACAAGCUGAGGAGGCUGAGGAGCUGUCCAACGUCAACCUGUCCAAGUUCCGCAAGAUCCAGCACGAGCUGGAGGAAGCCGAGGAGCGGGCUGACAUUGCAGAGUCACAGGUCAACAAGCUCCGAGCCAAGAGCCGGGAUAUUCAUGGCAAGAAGAUAGAAGAGGAAGAGUGAGAAUGUCACAAGGCAGCAAAGUGACCUGAGGGCUGCACAAAAUGUGAACCCUCUGUCUCUUCCUUCUUCCUUCACUUUUUGUUUUGAGUCAUUUUAAUUUCUAGAGAAUAAACCCCGUAGAUUCCUUUGUGUGCAUACCA